AAAUUCAGAAUAUCGAUCGGAGAGGGCAAUCGUCGAUUUGUCUUCCCAAAUACACCUGCAAUUCCCAACUCUCUCUCUUUCUCUCUCUUCUCUCCCGCUUCCUAAUUUGGGAAUCUCUUGCGUAACACUUCUACUCUAUUUUCUCUCUCCUCACUCAGGUUGUUUGAGGCGGUUGAGUUGCGCGGUUUCGUAAUUUUAAAACGUAGCAGAAAGGAUGUUUUUCAAUGGAUAUCCAUACCAUGGAGGAUCAUUUGAGCAGUCUUAUCGAUGUUACCCAGCAUCCUUUAUAGAAAAGCCGCAAAUUGAAAGUGGCGAUAAAAUUAUAAUGCCUCCAUCAGCUCUUGACCGUUUGGCUUCUCUUCACAUUGACUACCCAAUGCUUUUUGAGUUGCGAAAUGAUGGUGCGAAUCGAGUCUCCCAUUGUGGUGUUUUGGAGUUUAUUGCUGAGGAGGGCAUGAUUUAUAUGCCAUAUUGGAUGAUGGAAAAUAUGCUUUUGCAAGAGGGAGACAUUGUCCGAGUUAAGAAUGUGACUCUUCCUAAGGGGACAUAUGUCAAACUGCAACCUCAUACACAGGACUUCUUGGAUAUCUCCAAUCCAAAGGCAAUUUUGGAGACCACUUUAAGGAACUACUCCUGCUUGACCAGUGGAGACAGCAUAAUGGUGGCAUAUAACAAUAAGAAGUAUUACAUUGACAUUGUAGAAACAAAGCCUGCUCAUGCAAUUAGUAUCAUUGAGACAGAUUGUGAGGUGGACUUUGCCCCUCCUCUUGAUUAUAAAGAGCCUGAAAAACCUGCUGUAUCUCGUCCUGGCAAAGCAUCAGCUGAAGACGAAGAGACUCCAGUUGAAACAGAGCCCAUAUUCAACCCCUUUACUGGUGUUGGAAGGCGUUUGGACGGUAAGCCUGCACAACAGACACCUUCUCCAGCUUCUACCUCGGCAUCCAAAGAUAAGCAGCCGGCUCUUGCCUCUAGGGCUGGGCAGUCUGCUGCAGGGUCUAGCUCACAGAGCACGAAUCGCCAAUCACAAGGAAAGCUUGUUUUUGGUUCAAACGCCAAUCGUACUCCUAAGGAGGCACAAAAGGAACCUGCCAAAGAAAAGAAACAAGAGGAGCCCCAGAAAGAAGACCCUAAGUUCCAACCUUUUCAAGGGAAGAAGUAUUCACUGAGGGGUUGAUGUUCUGAUUAUUAUGCCGCUUCAGUUCACUGUCGCAGUGAUGAUUCCGGUAAAACACCAAAAUUGAACCCUUUGGUUGUACCAUCAAUUUGUUAGAAUAGAUUCUUAUUUUGAGUUGGACCACAAAAAAAAGAAAGUAGUUGCUCCCUGUUAUAUAAAGUUAUAGACUUAAAUGCUCGUGGUCCAUGUGCUCAAUCUUCAUCAAUCUACACAAUUAGCAAAAUGCUCGAAAUGGUUUUCCUUGAAAUGUCAAGAUCUGAAUUCUGUC